ACCAAGGAAGCCUCAGAAAUGGCGAAGUUCUUCACACCGGUUCAAAUCAACGAAUUCAAGGAGUGCUUCUCCCUGUACGACAAGAAGCAGAAGGGCAAGAUCGAUGCCAAAGAGCUCAUCACAGUGAUGCGCUGCCUCGGCACCAGUCCCACAUUUGGUGAAAUUGAAAGGCACCUGCAAGUUCACAAAAUUGCAAAGUCCGGGGAGCUGGACUUCUCUUCCUUCCUGACGAUGAUGCACAGGCAGAUGCAGCAGGAGGACCCCAAGUCAGAGAUCCUGGAGGCCUUGAGGAUGACGGACAAGCAGAAGAAAGGAUACAUCCAGGCGUCGGAGCUGCGGGCCAAGCUCACCAUCUUGGGAGAGAAGCUCACGGACAAAGAAGUGGACGACCUCUUCAAAGAAGCAAACGUCAAGUCGAACGGGACAGUGAAUUAUGAAGAGUUCACCAAGAUGGUGACGCUGCCUCCUGUUGAUUAUUGAUUUCACUGACGACACACUGGAUUAAAUCGACAUGUUCAGAGCAGCAGUUGUGUGCUGGCAGAUUUGAGCCUGAUAAUAAUUUCCACUCUGUUUUUUUGCCUCAUGAUUAUUCAACGAUUAUUUAUUUUAAAUGCAGAAUCUACUUCCUGUAACCAUUUUCCAUCAGUUUCCUCGAGGACUGAACUCUUUGUGAAGCACUGCCGUUGUCCUGCAUCCUGACAAACAUGAUAUGAUCUGAACUUUAUUCUUUUGAAGGAAUCAAGACCCAUUAAAAACCAUUAACUUCUUAGUAAACCCUUUGUCAAGUGUGAGUCCAGCUACACUCAAUGAUUUGAAUUCAAUGAGCAGUUUAAUGCCCUGUAUAUUUAAUCGUGAACGCUUGUGUGCUAGUGUCAUGAUGCAGUUGUUCUUGAUGCGGCGCAGGUAACUUUACACAUCUGUAUUAAAUUGCUUCUGUGGAAUUAAAACAUGUUAAGUUAAAAUUUGUUUUAAAGUAUUUAUAGACUUAAUUCAUGUAUUCUUGAGGACCAAGGCUACACAUGUAUGUUUCCAUAACUGUUAUUUAGUCGUAUUUGACACAUUUUUUAUAAUAUCUAUAAUUAACAUUCUAUUGAUUAAUAAACAAUUAACAGUUGAUCCAAAACUUAUAAUAAUUGUAUGUUAUCUCAUUAAAGUGUAUAGUUGACUGACUGAAUUCCAUUAUGUGUUUAAACACUAAUAACUAUAAAAUCAUUUUUUCUGUUGAGAAGUGAAAUAUUCACUGUGAGCAGGUCAGCAUCAUUUAUCAGCCACUUGUCUAAUGUCUCAAUUUGAACUUAAGAAUAAUAGGAACAAAUUAUGUUUGCUGCAGUUAGAAGUUUGUAAUACUUCAUUGGGGACAAGUUCAUAAAUAAUUUGAUUGACCCUUUGUGACGCCUGAUUGUCUAAUCAGUCUAGAAAGUGUAACUCGAUUAAGUCAGUUUUCUUCUUCUUCUUCUUAGAAGUACAAAAUCAAGUAGAAUUGAAAGGAAUAAAGAAAGAAAACUAACUGAGAAUGUUUAGUUUUUCCUUUAAACUUUCUGAGCAUCAUAGAUCAAAAUAUCUUCACUACCAGAGUAAAACACUUACUAACCUUUUUAUUGUGCGGCUAAACAUUUCUGGUCACUAAUGUUCCGCUGUUACCAUGUGUAACC